CCGUACGGCGCGCCGGGAUGCGGCCGGCCGUGCGCUCGCAUGGACGAGGGCGCUGAGUCCCGCGCAGAGCACGGCUCGCCGGCUGCACGCUGUGCCCUUGGGAAGAAGAGAGAGCGUUGUCUUGUGUAGUGCUUGGCUGAGCCCCUCCUGAGUGCUCCCUGUGCAAACGACGAUGAUCACGUUCAUGAACAACUCGGACAGUGAGGAUGAGCCCUGUAAUGAGAGAACAUCUCUGAUGUCUGCAGAGAGCCCUCCAGUACCUUCCUACCAGGAUGGUCUGCAGGCCUCAGAAACAAGGGAAGCACAGACACAUAGGAAGAGGCAAACGGGUAGCAGCCGUAGCCCAAACAAUGUUGCUGAUGAGGAUGCGUCUGACUCGGAUGUUCGAGUGAGGGAGAGUGCCUUGGAAAAUGAAGAGGAGGAACUGACUCUGAAAUAUGGAGCAAAGCAUGUAAUCAUGCUUUUUGUGCCUGUCACCCUUUGUAUGAUUGUUGUCGUCGCCACCAUAAAGUCAGUGCGCUUCUAUACGGAGAAAAACGGGCAGCUGAUCUACACCCCUUUCAGUGAGGAUACCCCAUCUGUGGGCCAGCGUCUCUUGAACUCGGUGUUGAACACUAUCAUAAUGAUCAGCGUCAUCGUUGUAAUGACUGUGUUCUUAGUUGUGCUUUAUAAAUACCGCUGCUAUAAGUUCAUCCAUGGUUGGCUAAUCCUGUCCUCUUUUAUGUUGCUGUUCCUCUUCACCUACAUAUAUCUCGGUGAGGUGUUGAAGACAUACAAUGUGGCCAUGGAUUACCCCACGGUUAUCUUAAUCAUCUGGAAUUUUGGAGCUGUUGGAAUGAUUUGCAUCCACUGGAAAGGUCCCUUGCAGCUCCAGCAAGCAUAUCUCAUUAUGAUCAGUGCUCUGAUGGCAUUAGUUUUUAUUAAAUAUCUACCUGAGUGGUCAGCAUGGGUGAUUCUAGGUGCAAUCUCUAUUUAUGAUCUGAUUGCUGUUCUCUGUCCUAAGGGGCCACUGAGAAUGCUAGUAGAAACUGCACAGGAGAGAAAUGAGCCCAUUUUUCCUGCAUUAAUAUAUUCCUCUGCCAUGAUAUGGACAGUUGGAAUGGCAAAACCAGACACGGCAGCAAAAGGACAAAGCCAACAGAUGUGGGAUGCAGAAGAUGGGAGAGAGAACCACAGUAGCACUUCACAUUCAGACUCCCAGAUUUUGGACACAAGGAGCCCUGCUCCCAGCCAUCCCAUCACUUCAGAGGAAAUGGAAGAGGAGGAACGAGGUGUGAAACUGGGCCUUGGAGACUUCAUAUUUUACAGUGUGCUGGUUGGGAAAGCAGCUGCCACACCUAGUGGAGACUGGAAUACUACACUGGCCUGCUUUGUGGCCAUUCUCAUAGGUUUAUGUUUAACUCUCUUAUUACUGGCUGUUUUUAAGAAAGCACUACCUGCUCUUCCCAUCUCCAUCACCUUCGGCUUGAUCUUUUACUUCUCAACAGACAACCUUGUGCGACCGUUCAUGGACACCCUGGCCUCCCACCAGCUGUAUAUUUAGAAGAAGUGGGAGUUGAAGAAUUCUUUUUAAGCUUUGCAGUGAAGUAUGGUACACUGUUUGGAAUAAGUCAUAACGUUUUUCACCUAGUGCCAUAUAUUUGUAAGGAAAACAGUAACUCUGUGACAUGAUGUGUACUAAAAAGCUAGCUACGUGUUAAGCUGAACUUUUUCACAGGACUCCUAACUCUCGGACUCCAAUGGAAAGCCUAGCUCAUUGCAGAUGUCAGAGCAUUACUUAAAUGUUAUUUAAUGUGCGAACUGGUUCUAAAGAGCAAGGAAACCUGUAUGUAGUGCGGGGUACUGGAGAGAUGAAGGGUCUGAUCUCUGCUUCCAGAAGCUCAGGCGUUCUAGCCUUGGAAUUGCAGUCAAGUUUUGCUGUGCUCUGGAGUUUUUAGCAUUUCAGACUUUUGAAGUGUUGUGUGCAUGUGUAGGGAAAGUCAGUCUUGCUUGUAAUUAGAAAAGCACAGCAGUAUGCAGAGAACAGAGCAUCACACCUCGUCGUGAGCACUAAACUGAUGUGUGAUGCCGAACUUUAUAAGCUGGACUGCAUAAUUGCCCCAGUUGUCUCUCUUUGUUCUGAGCCUAGUGAGACAUGGCUGCCAUGGUUCUAGAUGGGAUGUCAGCAGUAGGAUGUCUGAACAUCAGGCUUCUGUUUCUGCGUGCAUCCCCCUGGGCAGCCAACAGCUGAAGGCAGGGCUGACUGUUAAGCAGAUCGGAUCCUCAGCGUGGAAAUCAUUGCACAGCUCCCAGUAAAUCAGUUGACCUGUAACUUCUUCUGUGUACCUCUGGUCUCAUUUCUGUACGUUGUCAUAACUAUUCCACAGGAGGACUUACCUUCCCUCUAUGAAGAGGUCCUCUGAUGCUGACUGAAGCUUGGUUUACCUUUUUUGGUACUGUUAUUUAAAGAGCUUUUAUUACAAAUUUUAAAAUAGCUAUUUAAUGUAAAAGGAACUCUUUUGAAAAUACUGUCAUAAUUUGUAUCAAAAUAUGGGGGUGCAAACACCAAUUUGCUGUGACGUUACGUAAGGCACCACUAAUGCUGGAAAUGUUGACACAGCCUCAAGUGACUUCAUUUAAAAAAAAAAAAAAAAAAAAAAAAAAAAACACAAAAAAUCACAUUGUGUUGCCAGUAAAGAAAAACAGGUCUGACUCUAUCCUUACUAGUUAUUCCUUCCAGUUAUUACUUAAUCACUGUUUUCCUCCAGAUUUUAAGAACAUUUUAUUUCUACUCUGAGGGUCGUUUUUAGCAAUAGUUCUGUGACUUCCUUUUUUCUUCUUACACGAGUGUGUAACAAACAAGCUCUGUUUUCUUUGACAGCUGAUCAGUAUCAGCGUUUAAAACUGAAACAUAAUGCAGGGCUUUUUGAACAAUGCACUGUCACUGAGAGAUACAGAACUUCAGGUCUGAGAAUCCUUUUUAGAUAAGGCUUUGAAGUAUGCCUUUUUAAGAUAAUGUUUUUUUUCCAGUAGACUCCUUCAAGCUAAUCUACUUUUUGAUAUUUUAACAAGAACAUCAGGUAGGUGCUUCAAACAAAUCUUUAAAAAGCACGUAAGGUGUUUUGAGUGGUGUGUCUUAGUUUGGACAAGUACAUAAUUUUUGCUCUUGGUUUAGUUUGCUGUUCUUACUACUUAAAUUUGCAAUGUUUGAAUGUAAAAUUUGCAGACAACUAAUUAUUACUGAUAGCUAUUUUCCUUUGGAAACAAACUGUCUGCUUGUUUUUUAAGGUUUAUAUAAAUUAGUUGUUCUUUUUCUUUUUAACAAAAACAGUUAUGGGGCCAAAUCAAAAUACAAUCACUUGCAAUCAUGAUUUUAUAUUUUAUACUGCAUGGUGUAGAUGAUGUGAAAUACUUUAUAUAUAAGAAAAAAUCCUGCUUGGCUUAACAGGGCUGUAGCAUAUUGUUAUAAGUAAUUUAUUUUUCUGAAAUUAAGUUGAUAUAUGAAGGAAACUGGGUGGAUCCUUCUUACAGAAGUAUCAUUAAUAGAGCUUGAGUUCUAUGUAGAUUUGUGCUUACAAUGACUGGCCCCUGAGCAAAUUCUGCAUAACUUAUAAUUUAAAAGGUGACUGAGCAAUGGAUUCUGUCAGUGCAACUAAAUGUACUUGCUUGGUGAGUAAAGGGGUAUAUUGUGUGUGCAUAUACUGGAGUGGUUCUAACUGUGUAAACGUUUAUAUGUAUUUGCUAAUAUGUAUUCACUGUGAGUGUGUGUAUAUGUAUGUAUAUACACAUACAAGAGUUUUAAAAUGA